CAUUGGUUAAUUUACAGUGGAGGGGCGAUGCUGAAUCAACGAGGUAAAGGCGCGCGUUAGUUAACGUUUGGAGCUGCAGGCAGACGGAAUGGAGGGAAAAACAGCUGCAUUACUCAAAAGAAGUAUGAGUGCAGAAGGAACUACAAAACUGCCCAAAAGAGCUCGAAACCCUCCGAAAAAGAUGAGUUUGUAUGAACCAGACCUCAGCUCCCCCAGAGAUAACCAAGAUGGAGUUUUUGUAUUUUUGACCUUUGAAGAUGGAUACACAGCAAAGAUUUUUAAUCUCUGUGAUAUACUGAACAAAGAUGAUAAACCCAUCGCUUGCUUUAGAGAUCUGAUACCAGGAGAAAAAGUACUUGCAAGAUGGUCUGACAAUAAGUUCUACAAAGCUACAGUAGACUUCCUUGGAACAGCUGACAAAAUGGUGGAUACCAAGAAGGCGACAAAGAAGGACAUGAAAAAAAGAGAUGCAGCUGCACAAAGAUUCUACAACCUUCCAUUCCUACCUCAAGCAGGCCAGUCCACCUCUGCACAGGAUCACCCAAAUACUGUGGACCAAAAUGUCACUCAGCCUCCAACAACCUGGCCAGUGUACCAGCCUCCACCUACAGAGUCAUUUCUACCUGUCCAGCCACAGCACCAGCAUGCAACUGCCUGGCCACAGUACCAACUUCCAGUUUCCCAGUCAUCACCAAAUAUGCCACAACAUUACCAGCAUUCACCAGUCCAGGCGCUCAACCAGUAUGGAACUACUCUGUCUCCAAUUCCACACAAUUCCAGCCUUUCGCAGUAUUCAAAGCAUCACCAGCCUCACACAGCACUACCCACACCUUCAGACCAAACACAACAGCAGCCUGUUUUGGCAGAUUUGGAUCAGCAAAGACAGCCACCAGCUCCUACAGCCAAAGAAAGCUUCCUCAAAAUGUUGCACAGUCCUAUUACACAUCAAAAACCUGCUGUUCUUGGGGACCAGAGCCAGACAAGCACCUCUGAACAUGAGACUUUAAGCUCAUCUGCAGAUACGUUAAUCAUUGAGCGUGAUCCAAUUCAAGAAUAUGGAGAACCAUGUUUCAUUUCGGCUGAGUCAGCAGAAGACAGAUCAUGGAAGCCAUGCGAAGCAUGCAAGACAGAGGUGGAAAAAUUAGUGGAGGAAAAGGACAAACUGCAUGAUGUGCUGUGUGGUAUAAGUGGUGAGCACCUCGAGGCAUUCAGAAGUUUUCUGGACAAAGUGGAACAGAUCCAACCUCAGGCUGGUGUUUGGGCUCCAAAAGGCAGAUCUCGGCAGCAGGAGCUAUAUCCAGGAAGUGGCCUCUUCUUGUCCUCGACUCACCUGGCUGCAAUCCAUGCAACCGCAAAGAAGGACUGCCUUCGCUUGUUCCAUCUUCUUUUUGAUGAAUUCUUCACUGCAGAGGAGUGCCAGAACGCUGUGGCAUUUGGGAAACACGGAAAGGUGCCAGAUGGGAAGAGAGUCCUGGAUAAGUUUAAAGUCAAUGCGAUUCUAACUUACGUCAUGCGCUGUAGUACACUGGAUGGUUGGACACCGGUUGAGAAAAGUAAGGUCAAAAAAGCCUUCAUAAACAAAUGCCGCAUCAGGGCCACAACACUGUAAGACACAGUGUAAACACAGGGCACACAGAGACAUUUGUUGAAAUGACAAUGUUUACAAAAAGUCCUUGUUUUCAAAUGAUGUAUGUUGGCGUCAGAGACUCAAGUUUAUUGUUGUAAACCUGGCCUGCCACUAAUAUUGUUGAAAUUGUUACCGUUUUUAAAACAGAAUUUUACAAAAAAAAGCACUUUAGUUCAUAUUUUGUAAUGACCAUGUUUAAGCAGUUUUUGCUGCAUCAGGGCCACAACACUGUAAGACACAGUGUAAACACAGGGCACACAGAGACAUUUGUUGAAAUGACAAUGUUCACAAAAAGUCCUUGUUUUAAAAUUAUGUAUGUUGGUGUCAGAGACUCAAGUUUAUUGUUGUGAAUUGUUGUAAACCUGGCCUGCCAUUAAUAUUGUUAAAAUUGUUACUGUUUUAAAAACAGAAUUUUACAAAAAAGCACUUUAUUUCAUAUUUUGUAAGUACCAUGUUUAAACAGUUUUUGCUGUCUUUAAAAUGUCUUUAAAUUUGUUAAUGUUAUUUUGAUUUAAAUAAAGAUUCAAA